AUGAGCCGGUCGAUACGCAGCAGUCGACUUAUUUCGUACGAUGACACCGCCAGAAGUCCCCCAAUGGCGGUUCCGAAUAGGAGUCGCAAUACGGAAGGAUCUUCGUACAGGAACUCUUACGAUGCCAGCCACAAGCGUGAUCACAUGUCUAAGACCAUCGAACAACUGUUGAUCUGCGGAAUUUGUGAGCUACGUCUAAAUGUGCCAAAGAUGCUGAACUGCCAGCAUACAUUCUGUCUGGAAUGUCUGGAAGAGAGUAUCCACAAGCAAACGGACAAGACCUACAUCGGAUGUAUUACCUGCGGUACUAAGCAACUUCUCAAGGAUCCGGAUCUGACCGUCCUUCCCUCGAACCUGCACAUCGACAACAUGUUGCUGAUGAUGAAUCCAGCACCUACUCGUCCCUCAUCACUGAUUCGCACCACUGUGGGAAGCUAUCAGUUGGAAAAUAGCCUGGCCCCUACGCUACAGUGUUCCAAGUGUCAAACUGUGUCCGAGACGUCGCUGCACAAAUGCGAUCACUGCAUGUCGAUGCUGUGCGCAAUCUGUUGGCUCGCUCACGUGGACGAGCUGUCGCGCCAACUCGGACAGCUGGAGGGUCAGCUAAAGUCGGCCAUCGAAAAAUUGGAUCAUAAAAUGAUCGAAUAUAAGAGCCGCUUUUCCGAGAUCAACGUCGAGAUAACGGACUGUUUUCGCGACAAAAUCCUCGCCCUUCAACAGCAACAAACGGAACUAUUAGAUUCGUCGCAAGGAAUACUAAACGAUGCGGUUUGCUCGCACGAGAUGGUGCGGGCAAAAAUUGACCAACUGAUGGUAUCGAUUGGGCGCCCGAUCGUGGGAUCGUUGGAUCCGGUCCAGGUGUACCUGAAGCUACACAAAGACCUGUCCAUUGUUCUGGAGGAAGUGUCACUGUGGGGUCGCGAACGUGUCAUCUUUAAUCGGGAGAAGCUCAAAGUGGAGUCGAUUUUUGACACCCAACCAGUACCAACCAUUAAGCCUAGUACGAGUGUCAAACCUUCGGUCAAGCAUCAGCUACAUCCGAACUCGUCGGAGACUUCAGUAAUUCAGUUCUACAAAACUCACGUCUAUAAACCUAGAUUGCUUUGGAAUCACUGCCAACGACCUACCGGUGUUGGUUUUGCACCCUGGAACCAUGAGGAAUUGAAGAAACCGUUGCUGUACGUCGCGGGAUCUGAAUGUCGUAUCGUUUUUGGAAUCGAUAAAACCAAUGGACACAUAGUGCAGAAAAUAUCGCACGAGGAGCUUAGCUAUCCACAAGGUAUCACGUUCGAUCCGGAUAGGAAGGAACUGCUUGUUACGGACAAGUGGAAACACUGCAUCUUUGUGUUUUCCCAGGAGGGUCAACUGCUUCGAAAACUAUGCUCGAAGGGUGAUCAAGCUGGCCAAUUAAGAUCACCCGAAGGGAUCGCUUUCUGUUCGAGUGAGACCAUUUUCGUGUGUGACACUGGAAACGAUAGAAUACAGUGCCUCAGUACCAACGAUGGCAAGGCGCACACCCAAUUCGGACGCCUGACGAAAGAUCAGCUCGUGAAGGCAACGCAAUCGAAAAUAUCUUCGCGUAUGGUGGAUCUGAAGAAUCCCACCGACAUUGCGGUGCAGAAAGACUCCAUAUUAGUGCUGGACGCCGGCAAUCGUAGGGUGAAGCUGUUCAACAAAUACGGUGAACAGUUGCUAGAAUUCGGCCAGACCGGUACGAUCAACGGGCAGUUUCAGUAUCCGGAGGUGAUCGGUGUCGAUCCGGCCGGAUUUAUUCUCGUCGGUGAUGGGGGCAAUGCGAAGGUUUUAGUUUAUCGCCCGAACGGACAGUUUGUUACGGCGCUCGGAUCGCGCGGUGAUUCCGCAGGGAAGUUCAACUGGAUUUCUGGCAUCUGUGUUAGCAAAGACUGGGAAAUUGUCAUCAGCGAUUAUAAAAACCAUGCGGUGCAGCUGAUCUUCUAA